GGUCUCACACUACAGCAGCUGAUUGGUGUCAUUAUUGGUGCUAUUGUUCUUCUUCUGCUGCUUGUUGGUGUGCUUGUGUUGCUGCUGUGUCGCCGACGCAGUGCGCGUGACAAUGGGAAUGCGCCUAAGGAGCCGACGGACCCCGUGACGCUUGUGUUCACUGACAUUGAGAGCAGCACGGCGCUGUGGGCUGCGUGUCCGGAGAUCAUGCCCGACGCUGUGGCGACGCACCACCGCCUGAUCCGUGCGCUGAUUGCGAAGUACUGCUGCUACGAGGUGAAGACGAUCGGCGACUCGUUCAUGAUUGCGUGCAGGAGUGUGUUUGCGGCUGUGCAGCUUGCGCGUGAGCUGCAGCAGUCGUUCCUGCAGCAUGACUGGGGGACGAGUGCCAUUGACGACGCGUACCACGUGUUCGAGGAGGGGAGGGCUGCGGAGGACGAUGAGUACGUGCCGCCGACUGCACGCCUCGACGCUGCUGUGUACCGGCAGUACUGGAACGGCCUGCGUGUGCGUGUUGGUGUGCACACCGGGCUUGCUGACAUCCGGCACGACGAGGUGACGAAGGGGUACGACUACUACGGCAGCACGUCGAACACGGCUGCGCGCACGGAGAGCGUUGCGAACGGCGGGCAGGUGCUGCUGACGCGGGCGGCGUACAUGGCGCUGAGCACGGCUGAGCGUGAGCAGCUGGACGUGACUGCGCUGGGCGCCGUGGCGCUGCGUGGCGUGCCGAAGCCUGUGGAGAUGUACCAGCUGGACGCAGUGCCCGGCCGCACCUUCGCUGCCCUGCGGCUUGAUAGGGAGUUUUUAGAGCUUGACGAAACUGAGAGUGAUGGUCACUCAGUGUCAUCAAGUUCAAAGAAUGAUACUUUGAGUUCUGGUCAGAAUCCUCUUAUACUUGUGCUAACGGAUUUGUUUGCACCCUUUCCAUUGCAGCAACGCCUUAAAGUUCUUCAAACUGUUGCUCAGCGUUGGAAUAUUGUCGUUCCUUCGAGUAAAUCACAGUCUCCUACUGAUGCUUGUCAGGAGACAAUUAUCCGUCUGGCUUUGAAGCUGAGCCGUGUUACUUCUCAUAAAUUUGAUUUGAUGCGAGGGGGAUCUGAUGUUGGUGUGGCAACUAUACUCAGCAGUUCUGAUUCAAAUACGAACAAUUGGCGUGCUGUUGGAUCUGUAACCUUUGAUGAAACUGUGGAUCUUACUAGACGUGGGCGUUCAGUUGCUCGAUCAGUGACUGAAGGCGGUUCUAUUAGUUGUACAACUAUUGAGUCGCGACCUCCUCCGGGACUCUUUUCGUCGUAA